AUGUUUUCAGACAGUAAUGCAACCACUAACUGGGUUGUCCAGAAAUAUGGUGGUACCUCUGUCGGUAAAUUUCCAUUUCAAAUAGUUGACGAAAUUAUUAAAGUAUACUCAUGUCCUCAGGGGUUAGACAAAAAUGUAGCAGUUGUUUGUUCAGCUCGUUCAUCUUAUACUAAGGCUGAGGGUACUACUUCACGUCUAUUAAAAUGUUGUGAUUUGGCAUCGCAAGAACAGGAUUUCUCAGAUAUUAUUGAAGUUAUUAGACAAGACCAUAUCAGUAAUGCAGAAAAUUUAAUUACUGAUCCUGUAUUGCAGACUAAAUUGGUUACUGAUACUAAUAAGGAAUUAGAUUCCGUUGUGAAGUAUUUAGAAGCUUCUAAAAUUUUAGGUGAAGUCUCCACACGUACUAUGGAUUUGGUUAUGUCAUGUGGUGAAAAAUUAAGUUGUCUAUUUAUGGCUUCUUUAUGUAAUGACCGUGGUUGUAAAGCAAAAUACGUGGAUUUGUCACAAAUUGUUCCCUCUGAUUAUCAAACUACAAAUUUAGAUAAUUCUUUUUACACUUUCCUAGUGAAAGCUUUAAGAGAAAAAAUGUUGCCAUUUGUUGAGUCUAAAGAACGUAUUGUUCCUGUCAUUACUGGUUUCUUUGGUUUAGUACCAACUGGUCUAUUAAACGGUGUCGGUCGUGGUUAUACUGAUUUAUGUGCUGCCUUGAUAGCCGUUGCAUUAAACUCAGAUGAAUUACAAGUCUGGAAAGAAGUAGAUGGUAUCUUUACAGCUGAUCCACGGAAAGUUCCUCAAGCAAGGUUACUAACAAGUGUCACGCCAGAAGAAGCUUCAGAAUUGACUUAUUACGGUUCUGAAGUCAUCCAUCCUUUCACAAUGGAACAAGUCAUAAGAGCUAAGAUUCCAAUUAGAAUUAAAAAUGUUCAAAAUCCAAAGGGUGAUGGUACUAUUAUCUAUCCUGAUAAUCUUGCUAAAAGAGGUGAAUCUACUCCUCCACAUCCACCUGAGGCUUUGUCUUCCUCAUUCUUCGAAAAAAAGAGAAGAGGUGCCACUGCAAUCACUACUAAGCAUGAUAUUGUUGUCGUUAACAUUCACUCUAAUAAGAAAACUUUAUCUCACGGUUUCUUAGCAGAAAUUUUCACCAUCCUAGAUAAAUAUAAAUUGGUAGUAGAUUUAAUUUCUACUUCAGAAGUUCAUGUUUCAAUGGCUUUACCUAUCCCAGAUGCUGACUCUCUAAAAUCAUUGAGAUUAGCUUCUGAAAAGUUAAAAAGUUUAGGUACUGUCGAUAUCAUCAAGAAGAUGGCAAUUGUAUCAUUAGUUGGUAAACAAAUGAAACAAUUCAUUGGUAUUGCUGGUGCCAUGUUCACUACUUUGGCUGAACAGGGCAUUAACAUUGAAAUGAUUUCUCAAGGUGCCAAUGAAAUUAAUAUUUCUUGUGUCAUUGAUGAGUCUGAUGCUUUGAAAGCAUUAAGAUCUAUCCAUGGUAAACUUUUAGACAUUGAAUUAUCCGAGACCUCAUUUGAAAUAGCGGUCGAUGAGAGACUAGAACAAAUUAAGAGAUUAGCAUUAUAA